GAUCAACCUCGCUCAGUACUGAUCUGCUAACGCAUCCGCGGCAUUCGUCAUGGCGAAGAUCGCAUCUGAAGCGGCCGAAAAGCUCAAAGCUACGAUCGACGCAAUAACCUCAGACCCUCAAGGGCCACCUGGUGUGGUUUGCGCGGCGGUCAACAGGAAUGGCCAGCGUAUUUUCGAGCAUGCAUCUGGCAAAAUGGGCGCUGGCAUCGACAAACCCAUGACAGCGGACAAUGUCUUCUGGAUUGCGAGCUGCACCAAGGUGAUUACGGGCAUUGCUUGCAUGCAACUGGUCGAACAGGGCAAGUUGAGUCUUGACGACUCGGACCAGGUGGAGAAGCUUGCACCGGAGUUAAAAGCCGUACAAGUCUUGGACAAUGGCCGACUCGUGCCCAAGAAGAAAAGCAUUACGUUGAGGAUGUUGCUGACACACACUGCUGGGUUUGGCUAUACGUUCUUUUCGCAGUCAUUAAACGAAUGGGCGGGCGCCAUCGGCCUUGACGAGUUCUCCGGCUCGUAUCACGACUAUCUCUCCCAGCCACUUAUUCACCAACCCGGCGAGAGGUGGGAGUACGGGAUUAACAUCGACUGGGCGGGCCAACUUGUCGAACGCGUCUCGGGUCUCAAGCUGAAUGACUACUUUCACCAGCAUAUUUUCAAGCCCCUUGGUCUGAGCCAUAUCAGCAUGUUCCCCACCGACGAGAUGAAGCAAGCCCUCGCUUAUAUGAACGUUAAAUCGGUCGAUGGCGCGUACGGGUUGAAUCGUGAUGGACAUCUCUACCGACGACCGUUGACGGCCUCGAGUAAGGAGGACAUCAACAGCACCUUCCACGCCGGUGGUGCUGGGCUGUUUUCUACGCCGGGGGAUUUUCUCGAGGUUGUCGCGACGCUAUUAAACGAUGGUCUUCAUCCUGGCACAGGAAACCGGAUCCUGAAAAAGGAGACCGUCGAGGCCAUGUUCACGAACCAGAUCCCAGACAUGCCGAACUUUGCCAGACAGGGCAUCAAUUCGACGAAGCCAUGGCUGGUCAAUCCGAUCCCUGAAAUCUAUCCCGAACCACCCGAUGUCCCACAGGGCUGGGGGUUGACCUUCUUUCUGCACCUAAAAGACGGCAUGUUGCAUAGCGCGGGCACAGGCUGGUGGUCGGGAUUGCCAAACCUGUACUGGUGGGUCGACCGCAAACGAGGACUUGGUGGCAUUGUCUUCUCGCAGAUAAUCCCCUCCGGCGAUCUGAACAUAGCCGGGGUUUGGGUGCAGUUCGAAGCCGCAAUGCUGCAGAACCUAGAGUGA